AUGUCGGGUCAAGGGUCAGGGUCUGUAGGAUCAGGGACUGUGGGGUCAGGGUCUGUCGGGGUCAGGGUCUGUGGGGUCAGGGGUCAGGGUUGUAGGGUAGGGGUCUGUGGGUCAGGGGUCUGUAGGACCAGGGCGAGGGAUCAGGGUCUUGUGGGGUCCGGGUCAGUUGGGGUCAGGGUCUUGGGGUCAGGGGUCAGGGUCUGUAGGGUCGGGUUGUGGGGUCAGGGUUUGUGGGUUCAGGGUCGUGGGGUCAGGGUCUGGUGGGGUCAGGGUCUGUGGGGUCAGGGGUCAGGGUCAGGGUCUGUGGGUCAGGGUCUGUGGGUCAGGGUCUGUAGGGAUCAGGGUCUGUGGGAUCAGGGUCUGUGGGGUCAGGGUCUGUGGGAAUCAGGGUCGACCCUGACCCCACAGACCCUGACCCCACAGACCCUGACCCCACAGACCCUGCCCCACAGACCCUUGACCUACAGGCCCCUGACCCCUGACCCCACAGACCCUGACCCCACGGACCAUGACCCCACAGGACCCCUGAUCACAGACCCUGAACUACAGACCCAGACCCCACAGACCCCUGACUCCUCCAGACCCUGA